GGGGGGGAUUGGGCUGAACCGCGACCACCCGGAGUGAACGAGACCCCCCCCCCCCCCCCCCGGUGCCGCGGCAUGUGUGAAACUGAAGCGGGCUGAGAGCGGCGUUGGCGGGGCGGUGCUGGAGCGGUUUCCCCGGGAGCUGGAGGGAAAGAGCGAAGCAUCAGCGGGGCCGGUUGAUGGAGUUGUGGGCUGGGCACGGUGUGGAAUGGUGAGGGUUGACCCCCCGUGAGGCAGCAUGAGUGUGAAGGUGCCGGUGCCGCCAGGCUUGGACCAGCAGGAGGGCAAGAUCUACACGCUUCAGAUCUGCCCGAGCCUCUACAGCGAGGACUCUGUGUGCUGCCACCUGCAGGCCCCCAAGGGCGUGACGGCGGGCGAGGUGAUCGGGGAUGUGGUGGGACGGCUCAACCUGGACACGUCCAAGUGCUACGUGCUGGCGGAGGUGAAGGAGUCCGGGGGCGAGGAGUGGAUCCUGGACGCCAACGACCUCCCCGUCCAGCGGGUGCUGCUGUGGCCGAGGCGGGCGCAGGAGGUCCACGCCCAGAGCGAAGGUUACUUCUUCCUCCUGCAGGAGAGGAACAGCGACGGGACCAUCCGCUACAUCAACCUGCAGCUGCUGGCCAAGGAGAGGGAGAAGCACAGCCUGGUGGAGCGCGGGUUCCUGCUCCCCGAACCCUACCUCUACAACGACCUGUGCAAGCUGCCCAGCCUCACCCAGGAGACCAUCCUGCAGACCUUCAAGACCCGCUUCCUGAAGCGCAAGAUCUACACCUACGCCGGCAGCAUCCUGAUCGCCAUCAACCCCUUCAAGUUCCUGCCCAUCUACAACCCCAAGUACGUGAAGAUGUACGAGAACCACCAGCUGGGCAAGUUGGAGCCCCAUAUCUUUGCCGUUGCAGACGUGGCCUACCACACCAUGCUGGCCAAGCAGCUCAACCAGUGCAUCGUCAUCUCCGGAGAGAGCGGCUCGGGCAAGACCCAGAGCACCAACUUCCUCAUCCACUGUCUCACCGCCCUCAGCCAGAAGGGGUACGCCAGCGGGGUCGAGAGGACCAUCCUGGGAGCGGGACCUGUGCUGGAGGCCUUUGGAAAUGCAAAGACAGCUCACAACAACAACUCCAGCAGGUUCGGCAAGUUCAUCCAAGUCAACUACUUGGAAAACGGACUUGUCCGAGGGGCGGUGGUGGAGAAAUAUCUACUGGAGAAGUCGCGCCUGGUGUCGCAAGAGGCAGACGAGAGGAACUACCACGUGUUUUAUUACCUGCUGAUGGGGGCGAGCGAGGAGGAACGCAGGGACUUCCAGCUGCAGCAGCCCAGGCAUUAUCACUACCUCAACCAGAAGGAGAACUUUUGCAUUGAUGACGGCGAGGACCUGAAGCACGACUUUGAGCGACUGAAACAGGCCAUGGAGAUGGUGGGCUUCCUCCACGCCACCAAGAAUCAGAUAUUCUUUGUGCUCUCGGCGAUCCUCUACCUGGGCAACGUCACCUACACGAAGAAAGCCAGCGGCAGGGAGGAGGGGCUGGAGGUGGGACCACCCGAGAUACUGGACACCCUGUCGGAGCUGCUGAAGGUGAAACGGGACAUGCUGGUCGAGGCUUUAACCAAGAGGAAGACAGUGACAGUGGGCGAGAAGUUGAUUUUGCCAUAUAGCCUCAAUGAGGCUGUGACCACUCGAAACUCCAUGGCCAAGUCCCUCUACACGGCACUUUUCGAUUGGAUUGUUCUACGGAUAAAUCAUGCUCUCCUCAACAAGAAGGACAUGGAGGAGUCCGUCAUGUGCUUGUCGAUCGGAGUUUUGGAUAUUUUUGGUUUCGAGGAUUUUCCAAACAACAGUUUUGAGCAGUUUUGCAUAAAUUAUGCUAAUGAACAGCUUCAGUACUACUUCAAUCAGCACAUCUUCAAACUGGAGCAGGAGGAGUAUCAGAGUGAGGGCAUCAGCUGGCAUAACAUCGCCUACAUCGACAACGUGGGCUGCAUCAACCUCAUCAGCAAGAAGCCGACCGGACUGUUCCACCUAAUGGACGAGGAAAGCAACUUCCCGCACGCCACUAACCAGACGUUGCUGGCCAAGCUGAAGCAACAGCACGAGGACAGCUGCUACUUUGUGGGCACGCCCGUGAUGGAGCCGGCAUUCAUCAUCCAGCAUUUUGCCGGCAGAGUCAAGUACCAGAUCAAGGAUUUCCGGGAGAAGAACACUGAUUACAUGCGUUCGGAUAUCGUGGCGCUCCUGAGGGGCAGCAACAGCGCUUUCAUCCGCGAGCUGAUCGGGAUGGAUCCCGUGGCCGUCUUCCGGUGGGCCACCCUCCGCGCUGCCAUCCGAGCCACAGCUGCCUUCAACCAGGCCGCGCACCAGCGGGCAAAGAAAACCACAAAGGGGUUAAUACACACUGGGCCCCGUGUCCCCCUGAGUGAGAUGCUGUGGCCAAGCACUCCAAUAGAGAAGGUCUACCGUGACUUGCAUGCCCAGGUGAUGAACAGUAUCCGAGGAUGGGCUCAAUACCCUGAAAGCCCUCACGACCACCUCAAACCACUGAGACGCCUCGAGAGACCCCUGGGCCACUUUGCGAAAAAUAAAGGUUUGAAACAGAAGCUGGUCAUUCCCAAGAACCUCAUCGACUCCAGUUCCUUGAAGUACAUUGUGGGCAUGACCCUUCACGACCGCACCACCAAAUCCCUGCUCCACCUGCACAAGAAGAAGAAACCACCAAGCAUCAGUGCACAGUUCCAGGCCUCUCUGAACAAGCUGAUGGAAGCUCUGGGCAAAGCAGAGCCUUUCUUCAUCCGGUGCAUCCGCUCAAACGCCAAGAAGCUGGAGCUCUGCUUCGACGAUGACCUCGUGCUGCAGCAGCUGAAGUACACGGGGAUGCUGGAGACCGUACGCAUCCGCCGCUCCGGGUACAGCGCCAAGUACACCUUCCAGGAAUUCAAGGACCAGUUCCAAGUGCUCCUGCCCAGGGAUGCCAAGCCUCUGCAGGAAGCCAUUGCUGCCUUGUUCAACAGACUGCAGCUGGACAGGAAUAACUGUCAGAUCGGCAAAACCAAGGUCUUCAUGAAGGAGUCUGAACGACAGAAGCUUCAGGACAUCCUGCACAAGGAGGUGAUGAGGAAGAUCCUGCUCCUGCAGAACUGGUUCCGGGCGGUCCUGGAGAGGAGGCGCUUUCUGAGGAUGAGGCGGGCUGCCAUCACAAUUCAGGCUUACUGCCGGUCCUUCCUGGUCCGCCUGGCGGUGCAGCGACUGGAUGCAGCGCGUGUGAUCCAGCUGGUGUGGAGAGGUUUCCUGCAGCGCUGUGCCUACCUGAAGCAAGUCCGAGCCAUCGUCUUGUGCCAGGCGCUGUGCCGCGGGUACCUGGCACGCAGGAGGGUACGUCUAAUGCGGCUGGCCCAGCAGAAGGAACAGGAGAGGGCAGUGCAGGCUGCAGAGGGGCAGCAAGUUUCCGAUCGGUCACCGUCCACAGCUGACCGAGACACUAAGGAGGUACCGCAGGCUGAGGUGGGCCUGGAACCCCCGUCGAGGGGGGUGGGUGCUGUUGGGCCGGACGUGUCCCAGGGACCCGGGGAGAACGAUAGUGGGGGUGUGGAGAGGUCCACCUCCUGGUUGAAACGGCAGAACCGCCGCAUGCGGGGCUUGGAGCACAACAACCUCCAGCGACAACUGGCCUCCUCCCCCCCUCAGGACGACGUGUCCACCCCUCCUCCGCCCUUUGAAACCAGGUUGAUGGUGGAGAUGAUGGUGCAGAAUGCCAGCGUGCCGGCCAAGUGGCAACCGGAGGGGCUACAGCAGACCGACGGACGGUCAGAGCGGUCCGGUGACGGGGACCCGCGGCUGGGCACCGGGAUCGGCGAUGACGGUGGAGACGGCCAAGGGGCGAGCGGGCGCGGGGACGGCAGGGUGCCACGUGGGGGUCCGGAGCGGCCGAAGACUCUGCUACUUCUCCCCGGCGCGGACGCGGUGCUGCCCGGCUCUGCCCCGGCACAGCCCAACGGCGACGAGGAGCAGAGUGAGCAGAGAGUGCCGGAGAGCCCCGUCUCCCUGCCCGGCACCAUCCAGCGCUACCACGACAUUCGCAAGCUGCGGAACAAGGCGGAGAAGUGGAAGGACCGGCGUAACUGCGAGGCGACCAGCCCGACGGGGGAGAAGAAGGAAAACCAGCCUCCAUUGAAAGGCACCAGGGACAAAGAACUUUCAUCUCCUCAAGAGGACGGCCCAGCAGCAAACGUGUCCUCCCCGACAGGGACGGUGACCGAGGCGCCAUUGAAAGAGACUCCAAACGGCUCGCGGGAAGGCGAACGAACACCAAUUAAACGACCGGUGCCGAAGAAGACAUCACAAGAGUUGGAUCCAAGCCAGUCCCUCGAAUUGCCCAAGUCUCAGUUCCGCAGCCCGUUACGGAGGCUGUUGGGCAAGCGGCAGGCGGACAAGAAGCUGUCCAAGGAGCUGCCGACGACGCUGGACGAUGUCGCCAUCGCUCUGACGCACAACGCCAUGAAGAGCUACGGUGACAAACCGGAGGUGGGCAAGUCGGCCACGUUGCCGAUGGCUCAUUCCACCCAACACCCGUACAUGGGCCCGGCCAAAGAGGCCCCCGCCACCAAGGUCAAGCGGAGCCGCAGCAUAAAGAUCAGCAACGCCACCACCGCCUCCAAGCAAUGGGGCGCGCACGUGGGGCGCAAGAUCACCAACGCCAACGAGCUCAAAGACCUGGACGAAUUCCUGCUCAACAAGGUCAACGACCUCAUCUCCCGAGAUACCCACGAGUCGAGCAUUGAGAUGUUGUUCAUCAGCGUGACGGAGAAGUUUCGCCACACGCUCAAGAGCAUGUACCCAGUCCACAACGGGCAAACCCACGUGGGCUACCGAGACCUGAUGCAGAACUACCAGCAGCUCCUGGCCAGGCUGGUGGUGGGAGAGAGGCAGAAGGCCGAGGUACAGUUCGUGCUCAACCUAUUCCAGUCCCUCCUGGACGAGUUUGCCCGCGGAUACUCCAGGAAGGAGGAGAUGGAGGCGUUGAAGCCAACAAAAUCCCAGAAGAAGAGGCGGAAACGCAAUCGAAACAAGGAGGUUUAUGGGCACAUGUUCAACAACUACCAGGUGAACAUCCGCCAGUCCUGCGAGCAGUGUUCGUCCUACAUCUGGCCCAUGGAGAAGGCUCUGCUCUGUUGCACCUGCAAGAUGACGUGUCACAAGAAGUGUCUGGUCAAGAUUCAACAUGCCUGCCAGUCCGGCUGCAACAAGAACGACACGGAUGGGGCGCUGCGGCAUUUCGGGGUGGAGGUGUCGCGGCUGACGGACGAGAACCAGAUGGUGCCCCUGGUGCUGGAGAAGCUGCUGGAGUUUGUGGAAAUGCACGGCCUCUACACCGAGGGCAUUUACCGCAAGUCGGGGGCGGCCAACAAGAUGAAGGAGCUGCGGCAGCUGCUGGAUGACGAUCCAGGCUUGGUUCUACUGGAGAAGUACCACAUUCACGCCAUCACGGGAGUGCUGAAACUCUGGCUGAGGGAGCUCCCUGUUCCGCUCAUGUCCUUCUGCCUGUAUGCUGACUUCCUGCGUGCUAUCGAACACCCAGGAAGGCAAGAGCAAGUGCAAGCGGUGUACAGCAUCCUUGAGCAGCUGCCCGGCAAUGUCUUCUACACCCUUGAACGUCUAUUCUUCCACCUGAUCAAGGUAGCCGAGCUGGAGGAGAUGAACCGCAUGUCACCCAACGCACUGGCCAUUGUGUUCGCUCCAUGUAUCCUCCGCUCUCCCGACACCUCGGACCCACUGAUGAGCAUGAAGGACCUCUCGAAAACAACCAUGUGCGUGGAGUUGCUGAUCAAUGAGCAGAUGCGGAAAUACAAAAUGAAAAUGGCUGAAAUCACCCAACUGGAGACGGCGGAGCAGCUUGCCGUCCGGCGCCUCUCUCUCCUCCGCCUGUGGCCUCUUGACGUCGGGGUUUCUGCUCCGCAUGACGGGGUACUGAGCAAGGUGCCUCGGUCCCCAAAGGUCGCUGAGAAGCCUCCACCCCUGGUGAACCUGGAGGAGGAUGAGCCGUCCGACACCGACAUGGAACACGAGGAAGAAAUCCUGAUUGAGCAGAUCCAGUCAAUAAAGGAGGAGAGGGAUCAGCUGACACUUGCACUCCCACAGUUGGAGCAGAGAGGCUCCGAUGAGGAAAACCUGGAUUCUGAGGCUUCCCUGAGUACGGAGAGCCUUCUCUACGAUCGGCCAGGGCAAGCGGAGCCCGGAGGUUCGGCGGUGUUCCAGUUCACAGGACGAGGCGAGUCGAGGCCUGCCGUCCCGGAGCCCGCGGUCGCCCCGGCUGAACCGGCGGUGGCACCGACACGCCCGCCCGUGGCGCAGCGCCGCGCCUUCUCCAUGCUGGCCAGCAUCAGGCUGCCCCGGCGGACGCCCCUGCUGCCCACGCGGAACAUCAAGCUGCCCCCCGGCAUGGUCAGCGCGGUGGGUGGUGCCGGCCCCACUGCGGGCGCAGACGGCCAGUCCCACCCGCAGCCCGUCACCAUGCGGCGGCGCAACCUGCCCUCCCAGCGCUCCGACAACAUCCACUCCAUGUACGCGGCCGUGCAGGACAUCUUGCGCCAAUCCAAAGCCGGCGGCCACCCCAACGAGACCAAACCCUCCCCGGCCAAGGUCCAGAGGAGGUUCUCCGACCCUCUGGCCGACCUGCCCCACGGGGACGACGGCCCUGCCCUGUAACGUUCUCUCCACCCGGCGGAAGGAGGCCACGGAUCGUCUCCAUUUACACACUUACCUCGCGGAGCUGCUGAAAGCUACCCCCCUCCCCCCCUCGGCUUCACCCCCACCCGCGACCGAGGGGGAGCAGUAACGGCUCGGGACCAAGUGCGAAAGAGAGUGGGAAGUGAAUGUGAAGAGUGAAUGAGCGAGCGUUGGCUGUGGGUGAGAGUGACCAACAGGAGACUGAGUGAAUGACCAGGGAGGUUCAAGUGCCUGAGUGACCUUCCCUUACACACCUUGCUCUGUAAGUACGUUUCCCCCACCCCCCCACGCCUGGUAUGUUGAGAAGGUCAGUCUCCUUGCCUUUGUCCACCUGAAACUAUUUUCUCCCAUCUGUGUAAAAGUACCGUUUUUAUAUAAAUAAAUGUUCUCCUUUGUA